AUGUUGGGACGAAAACAGAGCUUAAAAGGAGAGCCCGUGCUCGCAGACUAUGGCCCAGAAGAGUCCCUUAACGAAAGUGCUGAUAUUGAAUGGGUAAAUAAGCUAUGGGUUAGGAGAAUUUUAAGAUUUUGUGCCCUAUUAAGUUUGAUGUCUGUUUCUUUAAAUACACCAAAAUCUUUUGAAAAGUACCCUUAUCUUCAGACUAUUACAUUUGCAGUCGACUGUUGUGUUACACUUUUAUUUACAGCGGAAAUGAUUGCAAAAAUGCAUAUAAGGGGGAUUCUAAAGGGUGAUGUUGCUUACUUAAAAGAUCACUGGUGCCAAUUUGAUGCUUCCAUGGUAUUCUUGCUUUGGGUAUCUGUUUUACUCCAAAUGUUUGAAUUGACUGGUAUUGUGCCAAGAUAUAGUUAUUUAAGCAUAUUACGAGCCCCAAGACCACUUAUAAUGAUAAGAUUUCUCAGAGUAUUUUUAAAAUUUUCUAUGCCCAAAUCCAGAAUCAAUCAAAUAUUUAAGAGAUCAAGCCAACAAAUUUACAAUGUGACAUUAUUUUUCCUCUUCUUUAUGUCACUUUAUAGUUUAUUAGGAGUGCAGUUUUUUGGAGAACUGACUCAUCACUGUGUUAGAAAUAAUACUGAUCCAAAUGAAAUCACGAUCAACUCUUUGGCAAUUCCUGAUACAUUUUGUUCACCCGAGCCAAAUUCUGGAUAUCAGUGUCCAGCUGGAAUGAAAUGUAUGAAAUUAAACUUAUCAAAAUAUAUUAUGGGCUUCAAUGGAUUUGAGGAAUUUGCAACCAGCUUAUUUACUGUUUACCAGGCAUCAUCUCAGGAAGGUUGGGUUUUUAUAAUGUACAGAGCAAUUGAUUCCUUACCAACAUGGCGGUCAGCCCUAUACUUUAGCACCAUGAUAUUUUUCCUGGCUUGGCUUGUGAAGAAUGUGUUCAUAGCAGUUAUUACUGAAACAUUCAAUGAGAUAAGAGUACAAUUUCAACAAAUGUGGGGAGUUCGAAAUCCAAUAACAAAAGGAAGCACAACUCAAUUUUUUACUGGUGAUGAUAAUGGUUGGAAAUUAGUUACAAUAGAUGAAAAUAAACAUUCUGGAAGUGCACCUGAAAUUUUUCACAAAAUGCUGCGAUCUGCAUACUUUAGACUUAUAGUAAUGGGUGUUGUAUUAGCAAAUGGGAUUAUAACAGCUACUAUGAAUUUCAAACAUGACGAUAAUCCAAGAGAAUUCUUUUAUGAAAAGUAUUAUUACAUUGAGAUUGCAUUCACAAUUUUUUUGGAUUUGGAAGCUUUAAUAAAAAUAUGGUGUCUUGGAUGGAAAGGAUACUUUAAGCAUUCAGUUCAUAAAUUUGAACUACUUUUAGCUAUUGGCACCACUAUUCAUAUAACACCUCAACUUUAUAUGUCAGGGUUUACAUAUUUUCAGGUUCUUCGUAUAGUGCGCCUUAUAAAAGCAUCACCACUACUUGAAGGAUUUGUAUACAAGAUAUUUGGGCCUGGGAAAAAACUAGGCAGUCUCAUAAUUUUCACCAUGUGUUUACUAAUCAUAAGUUCCUCUAUUUCAAUGCAAUUAUUCUGUUUCCUUUGUGAAUUUACAAAAUUUGAAACAUUUCCAGAGGCAUUUAUGUCUAUGUUUCAAAUAUUGACUCAAGAAGCUUGGGUAGAAGUGAUGGACGAAACUAUGGUUCGGACGAGCCAGACUUUGACACCUUUAGUUGCUAUAUACUUCAUAUUGUACCAUUUGUUUGUCACCUUGAUAGUAUUAUCGCUUUUCGUGGCAGUAAUUUUGGACAAUUUAGAAUUGGAUGAAGAUAUUAAGAAAUUAAAGCAAUUAAGAUAUCGACAGCAAAGCGCAGAAAUAAAAGAGAGUCUCCCAUUUCGCCUAAGAAUAUUUGAAAAAUUUCCGGACAGUCCACAGAUGACCAAGUUACAUAAAGUACCAGGAGAUUUUAAUUUACCUAAAGUGCGCGAGUCGUUCAUGCGGCAGUUCGUGUGCGAGGUGGACGGCGAGGAGGAGGGCGGGCGCGCGCACGGCGAGCUGUCGCGCCGCGCCUUCGAGUACAUCGGCGUGGACAAGAUCUCCUUCCCCUACCACAAGCGCUGCUUCGUGAAGACGCUGACCGUGGCGCCGCCCGCGCAGCGGCCCAGCUCCGCGCUGCGCCGGCACGUCGUCGCAUCUAUUAUCAACGACUCAAACAAUCAUCGUCGCCUUGUCCUUGGUGACUCGGCGAUGUUAGCUACAGGAGGAAAAUCUGGUUUAAAGCCUCAAGGAACCGUCUCAAGUGCAAAACAACUACGCGUUGAUCAGAAAAAAUUCGGUUCCCGCUCAAUCCGGCGCUCGGUCCGCAGCGGGUCCAUCAAGCUGAAGCAGACGUACGAGCACCUGCUGGAGAACGGCGACCUCGGCGCGGCGUCGCGCGUGGUGCCGUCGUCGCGCGCGCGCCCGCCAUACCUCGACAUCCGCCUGCUGCAGGCCAAGCGCCAGCAGGCCGAGAUGCGCCGCAACCAGCGCGAGGAGGACCUGCGCGAGAACCACCCGCUGUUCGACACGCCGCUGCUGCUGGUGCCGCGCGAGUCGCGCUUCCGCCGCGCCUGCCGCGCCGUCGUGGACGCGCGCUACGACGCGCGCCUGCGCGACCCCGUCACCGGCAACGAGAGAAAAGUGCACUACAAGAGCUUUCAUAACUUCCUCGGUCUCGUUACAUAUUUGGAUUGGGUGAUGAUAAUGGUUACCACAUUGUCUUGUCUGUCGAUGAUGUUUGAAACACCUACUUACAGGGUUAUGGAAAAUUUUGUUUUACAGAUAGCUGAAUAUGGAUUUGUGGUCUUCAUGAGUCUAGAAUUGGCCUUAAAGAUAUUAGCAGAUGGUUUAUUUUUUACACCUAAAGCUUACCUAAAAGAUGCAGCGGCGGUAUUGGAUGUAUUUAUCUAUAUUGUGUCGCUGACGUUCCUGUGCUGGAUGCCGGCGCGCGUGCCGCCGGGCUCGGCCGCGCAGAUGCUCAUGAUCCUGCGCUGCGUGCGGCCGCUGCGCAUCUUCACGCUGGUGCCGCACAUGCGCAAGGUCGUCUACGAGCUGUGCCGCGGCUUCAAGGAGAUACUGCUGGUAUCCACGCUUCUUAUUUUACUAAUGUUUGUAUUCGCGAGUUAUGGAGUGCAAUUAUAUGGCGGGAGGUUGGCUCGCUGCAACGACCCGACGAUAACGCGGCGCGAGGACUGCGUGGGCGUGUUCAUGCGCCGCGUGUUCGUCACCAAGAUGAAGAUUCGGCCCGGACGCAACGAGACCUUCCCCUCUAUGCUCGUGCCUAGAGUCUGGGCCAACCCCAAACGAUUUAAUUUUGAUAAUAUUGGCGACGCACUACUUACAUUGUUUGAAGUACUUUCCUUCAAGGGAUGGUUGGACGUGCGAGAUGUUCUAAUAAAAGCAUUGGGCCCAGUGCACGCCAUAUACAUACACGUAUAUAUAUUCUUGGGUUGCAUGAUUGGACUCACGCUGUUUGUCGGCGUUGUGAUCGCUAACUACUCUGAGAACAAAGGGACAGCUUUAUUGACUGUUGAUCAACGACGGUGGUGUGACUUAAAGAAAAGAUUGAAAAUAGCGCAGCCCUUACAUUUACCCCCACGUCCCGAUGGUAGAAAAGUGCGAGCAUUUGCAUAUGACGUCACACAAAACUUGACCUUUAAAAGGGUCAUCGCUAUCGUCGUUCUGGUCAACAGUGGCUUGCUGGCAGUCACUUGGUCGCGGCACUCGUCGGACACGGAGCGGCUGGCGCUGACGUCGGCGCUGCUCACGCUGGUGUUCGUGGUGGAGGUGCUGCUGAAGACCAUCGCCUUCACGCCGCGCGGCUACUGGCAGAGCCGCCGCAACCGCUACGACCUGCUCGUCACCGUCGCCGGCUGCAUGUGGAUAUUCAUGCACUUCACUCUCAAGAACGAUCUGUCCUACUUCGUUGGGUUCAUGGUAGUUAUUUUAAGAUUCUUUACAAUAACUGGGAAGCACACUACCUUGAAAAUGUUAAUGUUGACCGUCGGCGUGAGCGUGUGCAAGAGCUUCUUCAUUAUCUUCGGCAUGUUCCUGCUGGUGUUUUUCUAUGCACUCGCUGGUACUAUUGUGUUUGGUAACGUGAAAUAUGGAGAAGGUAUUGGAAGGCGAGCAAACUUCAACUCGCCGAUCCACAGCGUGGCGAUGCUGUUCCGCAUCGUGACGGGCGAGGACUGGAACAAGAUCAUGCACGACUGCAUGGUGGCGCCGCCCUACUGCACGCCCGCCGACAACUACUGGGAGACCGACUGCGGCAACUUCACCGCCUCGCUCGCGUACUUCUGCACCUUCUACGUCAUCAUUACCUAUAUCGUUCUUAACCUCCUUGUUGCUAUAAUCAUGGAGAACUUUUCAUUAUUUUACUCGAAUGAAGAAGAUGCUCUCCUUUCAUAUGCUGAUAUAAGAAAUUUUCAAAACACAUGGAACAUAGUAGAUGUACAUCAAAAGGGGGUGAUACCAGUUAGAAAGGUGAAGUUUAUACUAAGAUUGUUAAAAGGAAGAUUGGAAUGUGACACUCACAAGGAAAGAUUACUGUUCAAGUAUAUGUGCUAUGAACUAGAACGACUCCAUAAUGGCGAAGAUGUGACUUUUCACGAUGUUAUCAACAUGCUGUCGUACCGCACGGUGGACAUCCGCAAGUCGCUGCAGAUGGAGGAGCUGCUGGCGCGCGAAGAGUUCGAGUUCCUCAUUGAGGAGGAGGUCGCGAAGCAGACCAUACGCACCUGGCUCGAAGGCUGCUUGAAGAAGAUACGCGCUAAUAGCAGUAAACAACAAACGAGUUUAAUAGCAGGAUUAAGGAAGACCAACGAGCAGCCCGUGGAUUUUACUAGCGAAAAGGAAAAGGAGAAGCAAGACGCUGACGCACAGCAACCUGGGGCAAAUACAGGCCGCACUGAAAUCACUGAAUCUACAUCUCAACCGAUUAUGUCAAAUGUUAUGUCGUCACUAGACUCACAACCUAAACGUUCGUCAGGCAAGGCUCAACUAAAGAGAUCUGGACUACCAUCGGUGACAAUACCAAGGCCCGAGAGUCCUGUGAAGAAAUAUUUACAACCCACUUUGAGCGAUCCGCAUCCAUCUAUGAAUAAGAAGUCUACGACCCCAGUGACAGCAACAAGUAUAAAGAGCAACCGCCAGCCCUCGGUCGCGCACAGCAGCGCGGCGCUGCACGACGUGCGCUCGUGGUGGGGCGCGCGCCUCGCCUCGCACGCCGCGCCCGCGCCC